AUGUUUGCUGGAAACUCUCUUUGGGGUAAGUGGAUCAGAACUAAUCUUCUCAAGGAAGUUAGUGAGAAAACGCAAGCAGGCUCUUGGAUAUGGAGGAAAAUGCUCAAAUUGAGAUAUGUAGCCAUGACAUUUCAUAUGAAGGCUGUGCGAAAUGGGAGACAUAUCUCUUUCUGGUUUGAUCGGUGGUCUGAGCUUGGGGUGAUGCCUGAGUUACUCAGUGAGAGAGGUAUACUCGAAAUGGGAAUCCGAAGGGAGGCUACUUUGGAGGAAGCCUUAUGUAAUCAAAGGAGAAAGAAAAGACACAGACGGCAUAUCUUAAACGACAUUGAAAAGGAUAUGGGCAUUGUUAAAGAAAAGCUGAGGUCUGGAACGGAGAAUGUCGAUUUGUGGAGAUGGAAGUCUGGUUAUAAAACCAACUUUUCAAUCACUGAGACAUGGCAGCAGACACGAGAAGUAGGGUCGCUUUGUACCUGGGGAAGAGUAUCUGGUUUUCUCAGGCUUCAACAAAGUUUGCCUUCAUGA